GCUGCGAUCCAUAUGGGCAGAUAUGAUCGGGCUCAAGACAUCCAACAUGAACCGCCUUCCUACCACCAUCCUAUUCCUCCUUGCGCUGGGAACCUCGACAGUUGCCGUCCCUGAUCCUAUCUGCUCCGGCCUCUGCACAGGCACAAUUCGUGACCCCGCAGUCCUCCGUCGCGACGAUGGCACAUGGCUUCGCUUCACCACCGAAGGCAACCUGCGCAUCGCAACCGCUCCAUCCAUCAGCGGUCCCUGGACCAGCAACACCGGCGAAGCGGGUGCCAUGCUCCCCGGAGGCUCCAUAAUCGAUCUCGACCCCGACCAGCGAUUAUGGGCACCCAACGUAUUCUUCAGCAAUGGCCAGUUCUACUGCCACUACAGCGUCUCGACCAUCGGCUCGCAAAACUCUGCUAUCGGCGUCGCGACGAGCGUCACUGGCGAGCCGGGCAACUGGACGGACCACGGCAGCAUCGGGUUGCCGGCCGACACCCGCUACAACCGCAUCGACGCAAACUUCUUCCGGGAAUGUGACACCUGCACGCCGUACCUGAACUUCGGUUCCGCUUGGGAACAUCUCUUUCAGACGACGCUGACGUCCGAUUUAUUGAAGUGGAGCGGCGAGGCGCCCGUCCACAUCGCGCGAAACACUUCAUUUCCAUCCGUGCCGCAGACGUAUCCCUCCAUCAUGGAGGGCGCAUUCAUGUGGUGGUUGCCCAACGUCAACGGACACAAGUACUUCUACCUGUUCUUUUCCUCCGGCGCGUGCUGCAAUACACCCCAAAGCGAAGAAGGUCUCGAGGCGCCUGGCGACGAGUACAAGAUCAUGGUGUGCAGGGGUGAGAGUGUUACGGGUCCUUUCACUGAUAAGGAUGGAAGGAAUUGUUUGACGGAGAAUGGGGGAUCGUUGGUGCUGGGUAGUCAUGGUGAUGUGUAUGCGCCGGGGGGCCAAGGGUUGGCACAUGAUCCGGAUGCCGAUCGGGUUGCGCUGUAUUACAUGUAUGUGAACAAAGCGGAUGGGACAUACAACGACUUCCGGUUCGGGUUCAACUGGCUCGACUUUUCUUCCGGAUGGCCUGAGGUUGUGGAGUAAGCUCAAGAUAUUCCCAAUUUACCUUCAAUUCUAG